CGAACGCGGUUGCUUUGAGAGUCAGUUGAUGAUGAUACAUUUGCUGUAUAAAUUAACAGAUCUUAAAAAUUUUUCAACAAUAUUUAGUUUUCAUCUCAAUGCCUUUAAUAGAAAUAGUAAACCGGGUUUGAUUAUUAGAGAUUAGUAGAUGAUUUUUAAAAUAAUUGGGUGCAAUAAUUUGUAAAUGAAGUGUAAAUUUGUCGUUAUUUUAAUAAAAGAAUUAAUAGAAUUGUAAAAUGGAUUCAAAAGUUGAUAUUGAAAAGAAAAAACAUCCGCGAGAAGGUGUUAAUCCGUUGAAUGCUUUAACAUUUGGAUGGAUUCUGAAAAUCUUUUGGAAAGGAUACAAGCGAGAUUUGGAAAUCGAAGAUCUUUUCAGGCCAUUGAAAGAACACAAGAGUAGUGUCUUGGGUGAUAAAUUAGCAGCAGCAUGGGAAAAAGAAUUGGAAAAUUACAACACAGAUGAAGAAUCGGACAGAUUAGACAGUGAUUUUGAAGUAAAGCAUAAAAAAAUGAAAACACCUAGUUUACUGAAAGCGUUGAUUAAAGUUUUUGGUUUUCGCAUUGCUCUUUAUGGAGUUGCAUUGGCAAUUAUGGAACUUGUUUUACGAAUGCUACAACCAGUAGCUUUAGCGCGACUUCUUCGUUUUUUCACAACAUCAGAAAUAAGCAGAACAGAAGCGUUUCUUUACGGUGGUGGUGUAAUACUGUGCUCAGCAAUAAAUAUAUUUGUAGCCCAUCCUUCAAUGCUGGCAAUUUUUCACAUGGGGAUGAAAAUGCGUCUAGCAUGUUGCUCACUAAUUUACCGAAAAUCAUUGAAACUUUCAAGAACAGCUUUGGGAGAGACGACAGUUGGACAAGCAGUGAAUCUUUUAUCGAACGACGUCAGUAGAUUUGACUAUGCUGUGAUAUUCAUUCACUACUUAUGGAUCGGGCCUGUUGCGACAAUAAUUGUUACCUACUUGAUGUACCUAGAAGUUGGAGUAGCUGCGAUAAUUGGCGUGGCUUCGCUGUUAAUAUUUAUACCCGUUCAAGGAUGGCUCGGAAAACAAUCAUCAACAUUACGUCUACGUACGGCGAAACGUACUGAUGAAAGAAUUCAUUUGACUAAUGAAAUAGUGAGUGGUAUCCAAGCUAUAAAAAUGUAUGCAUGGGAACACCCGUUCAGUGAUCUUAUUAAAAAUGUUCGUAAAAAGGAAAUGCGCGUUAUAAGAUAUGCUUCAUUUCUUCGAGGAGUUACCAUGUCUUUCAUGAUGUUUGUUACACGAUUAUCAUUAUUCUUUACAAUAUUGGCUUGUGUCUUAUCUGAGAAAAAAAUGACUGCCGAAAUGGUUUUCAUGGUAGCGGCAUACUAUAAUAUUUUACGUCAAAUUAUGACAGUAUUUUUUCCGAUCGGAAUUACUCAAGUUGCCGAGGCUUUAGUAUCAGUAAAACGUCUUGAAAAAUUUUUGAUGUAUGAUGAAAUUGAGAUAAAUAAUAAUAAUCAUGAUGACGAUGAUGAUAAUGAUAAUAAUAAUGGAAACAAUAAAGAUUUUAAUAGAAGCAAUGAUAUAGAAGAUGAUUGUAACGCCGAAUUGAAAACUAAUGUUGAUGAAGGUUCUUUGAGGUUUAACAAUGUUUAUGCAAAAUGGUUGGAUUCUGAUCAUGAAGAUACGUUGAAAGAAAUCAAUAUACAUAUUGAACCGGGCCAAUUAGUGGCUGUAGUAGGGCAAGUUGGUUCGGGUAAAUCAAGCUUACUCAAUGCUAUUCUCAAAGAACUUCCAGCGCACACGGGAAGUAUUGAUGUACGCGGUAAAGUAGCUUACGCGAGCCAAGAACCCUGGUUAUUCGCUGGUUCAGUAAAGCAGAAUAUAGUCUUUGGACGACCAUGGGAUGCUAGGAAGUACGAUAAAGUUGUCAAAGUAUGUCAGCUGAAACGAGAUUUUUCACUAUUCCCAUACGGCGACAAGACUAUUGUCGGUGAACGCGGGGUAAGUUUAUCUGGUGGACAGAGAGCGCGUAUCAAUUUAGCGCGAGCUGUUUACUCGGAUACACAGAUAUUUUUACUGGACGAUCCACUGAGUGCAGUAGACGCGCAUGUGGGUAAACACAUGUUCGAAGAGUGCAUUGAAAAGUACUUGAAUGGAAAAACAAGAAUACUUGUGACACAUCAGAUACAAUUUUUAAGUAAUGUUGAGAAGAUAAUUGUCAUGAAGGACGGUGCUAUUAUUGCUGAAGGCAGUUACAAUAAACUAGUGGAGAUGGGUGUUGACUUUGGUCGUUUACUCGAUUCAGCACCAAAAGAAGAGAAUGAAGAAACUUUAUUGAUGUCGACCAGCCGUAGUAAUUCGCGAAAUACAAGUAUUGCUUCAUUUAUUUCAUCUAAGAAUAAUGUAGCUGACUACAAUCAGUUUGAACCGGAAGAAAUUGCAGAGACCUGUAGCCGUGGAUCGAUUGGGGGAAAAAUGUACGCAUCUUAUUUUAAGGCAGGAGGUAACUGUUGCGUUCUUUGUUUCCUAACGCUACUGUUCGUUGUUGCUCAAGCAUUUGCGAGCGGCGGAGAUUUUUUCGUUGCAUUUUGGGUUAAUCUAGAACAGGGUAAUAGGAAUAAUUUUACCUUUAGUAAUCUACUACAUACUACGACUCACACGUCUGGUUUUUCCGAUCAAGAUAGAUAUAUUUGCAUAUAUAUAUUCACAGGUUUAACAGCUUUGACAGUUGUGAUGUCUCUUAUUCGAUCAUUUGCAUUUUUUGAAGUAUGUGUACGAGCGUCCAAACGUUUACAUGACAGAAUGUUUCGUAGUAUUUGCCACGCGCCAAUGAGGUUUUUUAAUACGAAUUCUUCAGGACGGGUAUUGAAUCGGUUUUCUCAGGACAUCGGCGCUGUUGACGAGUUAUUGCCCAUAGCCAUGAUCGAUUGUGUACAAAUAACUUUAGCACUGACUGGCAUAAUUGUUGUUGUGAGUGUUUCUAAUGUAUGGUUACUAUUACCGACAUUUGUCAUUUGUACUAUAUUUUACAUUUUACGGGUUAUUUAUAUAUCAACAAGUCGUAGCAUUAAACGACUCGAGGGUAUAACAAGAUCACCGGUAUUUAAUCACUUAGGUGCAACAUUGCAGGGUCUACCGACAAUACGUUCAUUCAAUGCAGAAGAAAUACUUACUAAAGAAUUUGAUCACCAUCAGGAUCUGCAUUCAUCUGCAUGGUAUAUUUACAUAGCAUCGUCACGCGCAUUCGGUUUUUGGCUCGAUAUUUUUUGUCUCAUCUACAUUGCCUGUGUAACAAUGAGCUUUUUGCUCUUAUCUGACGAUGAGAAUAAAACGUUUGAAGGUGGUAAUGUUGGUCUAGCAAUUACUCAAAGUAUCGGAUUAACGGGAAUGUUUCAGUGGGGUAUGAGACAGAGUGCUGAAGUGGAGAAUCAAAUGACUUCGGUGGAGCGAGUGCUCGAGUAUACUAACAUUGAGAGUGAACCGGCACUCGAGAGUUUGCCUGAAAAAAAACCUAAAGAUGACUGGCCGUCAAGAGGUAAAGUCGAAUUUAAACGCGUUUACUUGGCUUAUUCCCCACUAGAACCACCGGUGCUCAGGAAUCUCAACUUUACUAUUGAGCCACGUGAAAAAAUAGGAAUUGUUGGACGCACUGGAGCAGGAAAAUCUUCCCUAAUAGCUGCCUUAUUCCGGCUCGCUGAGAUUGAGGGUAACAUUGAGAUCGAUGGUGUAGAUACCGGUGAAAUUGGACUCCACGAUUUUCGCGCCAAGAUAAGCAUAAUUCCACAAGAGCCUUUCUUGUUCUCCGGUACAUUGAGAAGAAAUCUCGAUCCCUUUGAACAGUAUCCAGACAGUGUACUGUGGUCGGCAUUGGAAGAUGUUGAACUUAAAGAAAUGGGCCUUGAGGGCCACGUUAAUGAAGGUGGUACUAAUUUAAGUGUCGGACAACGGCAGUUAAUUUGUCUUGCGCGUGCUAUUGUUAGAAAUAAUAAAGUUCUUGUACUCGAUGAAGCUACCGCUAACGUUGAUCCACGUACGGACGAAUUCAUCCAGAAGGCCAUUAGACGCAAAUUCGCCGAUUGCACCGUUCUUACGAUUGCCCAUCGACUCAAUACUGUUAUGGACAGUGACAGGAUAUUAGUUAUGGAUGCUGGUUCAGUUGUGGAAUUUGAUCACCCACAUAAUCUACUGCGAAAUGAAUACGGAUUUUUAUCCAACAUGGUAAAGGAAACUGGUGAAACAAUGAUAGAAGCUCUCAAAAAUGUGGCUCAACAAAAUUAUGAACUUCAUCAACCAUCCCCGAUGAUAACAUUUUAG